UUGAUAUGCUGGAGCUGCAGAGUGUUGUAUAAGAAGGAGCUGCAGGGAGCGGAGGAGAAUUAAACAGGAUCACGUUUCUCCUCUGUGAGCUGAAGAGAUUAACAAGAUGUUUGGGACCGUGGUGGUUGGAGUCGGGAUUGCUGGCUUAGCACGGAUCCGAGACUUGAUGAAUCCGAUGCCUUCCAGCCCUUCUGAGCACCUGAAACUCUUUGGAUUUGUAUCCAGGAGAAGUUUUGGCAAUGUUAAUGAGGCCAAGCAGAUUAGCCUGGAGGAUGCUCUAAGAAGCAAAGAGAUCCAUGCAGCCUUCAUCAGCACAGAGAACAGAAGCCAUGAAGAAACCAUCAGAAUGUUUUUAGAAGCUGGGAAACAUGUCCUUGUUGAGUACCCCAUGGCUUUGUCUGCUAAGGCGGCCCAUGAGCUCUGGGAGAUGGCUGAACAGAGAGAUAAAGUACUCCAUGUGGAGCACGUUGAGCUUUUGACUGAAGAGUACAAGCAGCUGAAAAAAGAGGUGGCUGGGAAAGACCUGGUGAAGGGAACACUGCAUUUCACAGGUAGCGUCCUCGAUGAAAACAAAACAGGAUUCCCAGCUUUCAGUGGAAUUGCCCGACUGACUUGGCUGAUUGACCUCUUUGGAGACCUCACUGUUACCUCCGCCACCAGAGAAAAGCAGAAGGAUAAGAAUUAUUCCAGAAUGACUGUUCACUUUCAGACGGCAAACAAGAAACCUCUGACUUGGAUUGAAGAAAGGGGACCAGGGAUGAGACGUGAAAAGAAAAUCAACUUCUGUUUCACAACUGGUUGCUUGGAGAACUUCCCUCAAGUCCCAAGGUCUGCUGUGGGCCUUUUCAUGCAGGAUCAGAACCUCUUUGCCAAAAAACUGCUGGGCCAGGUAUCCAAGGAGGAGCUGGCUGCUGAGAAAUGGCGAAUUUUGCGGUGUCUUGACCUUGCUGAGGUGAUCCAACAGCACUGUGAGCAGCCAGAGAAAAUCCGUUCCUGAGACUGCUCUUAGGGAAGGAGGAACAUCAUGGCAGACAGGAAAGCUGUAGGGCUAGAGCUCACUGUUGCCAUCAAGCAGUUGCUAUUUCUGUUUCAUUACCUUCUUCUUGACUAGUUGUGAUUCCUAGGCUCUCCGGUUGGGCUGGAAAGCCUGCGCUAUACCCCAUGCCUUCUGAUUUGCGCCAGAACAAAGCAACAUUACCCUGCUCUGAUGCAUUGCCGUCCUUCCAGGCAUAGAGGAACCUAGCAGCAACAAGCUUUCCUGUGAUUCAGCUGGAAAUGUCCCUGAGAGCAGAUCCUGGAGGACUGCAAAUACUAGAUAUGAUUUUUCCUCCUGAGGUUUUUUUUCCCCUCUAGAUACGUCCGACAAUGAGAUGUGUCUCAGUAGUAUUCAUGUAGUAUUAGCUAGAAAGAAGUAUUAGCUAGAAUGAAGUUCUAGGUGAGUUUUCCACCUCUUGACUUCAUCUGCAGAACUUGUGCCACCACAGUCCUGACCUUUUCUUCCAGAUGCCCUGAAUAGUUCUGUGUGUUUGCUCUAAUUAGUUGUUGUGCCUGUUUGGGGCUUUUUGUUGUUUUUUUGUUUGUUUUUUUUUUCCACAUUGGAAAUAAUCUACCUUCAAAUAGAAUCUAUGUUGGUGUCAAACCAGAAUAGAAGAAAUACCUUGUCUUUGGUAGAUGCCAUUUUGAGUUCACUCACUUAAUUUCUCUGGUGCCCUGUGCCAACAUAGAAAUCUUUUUCCAGCAGAGAUUAGAACAGUACAUUAAACUAACACAUUGCCUGCCUGCUUUCUACUGAAUCUAAAUAUUUUUCUUUUUUUGUACUGGAAGCAGCAUAUUAUUGUCCUUCAUUUGUGUUCUGUAUCUAAUUCAGCAUGUGAACAGAUCACUGCUAAAAGUAAUACAAAUCCUGCCUUUAAGAAAAAAAUAACUAAUGCACUCCUAGAAACAGUUAAAUUCAUUAGAAAUAGUGAUAAAAUUAUAAUAGAACUGUAGAAAAUGGAGCAAUUUGCAAAUAUAGCCAUGCGGUUAUGGCAUAUGAUACCUGUGCGGAUGGGUCUUUAGCAUUUUACAGUAGUCCCAGGGUCAUGUAUGAAGGCAUUAUGACUUCCCUAAAGAAGCAUUUUAGUUUUAGGACGAGCCUAAACAGUGCACAAAACUAUUAACAAUUCCUCUGUUUGCCUUCUACUUUCUAAUUACAGCAUCUGUCAGUGCUAUAUUAAUAUAGCAGCAAGCUUCAGUCUGUGCAGUUUUUCUUUCAAACACAGAGCCACCAUUUCUUUUCCACAUUAUCACUUGGGCAAUUUUUUAAUAAGGGAGCAUACAUGUUGUGAACAUAUACAUAAUUACAGCCAGUCAAUAUUGAUGGAAAAAAGGCUUCCUCUGGGUAAAUCAUGUUCAUUCAGAAGUUGGAUACAGUUCAGUUAGUUGGAAACAGGGAAGGAAAGACUGUGUAUUUUCUCCCAAAUCAGUCAGAUUUUAGGAGCAACUGGAGCUUGAUAGGUGAAUGAAUUCUGCGUGUGAAAUUUGUUUAAAUCUACUCUAUCUGUUAAAAUCAGUGAAAACCCUCCUAUUGACUUCAAUGGAUUGAAAUCCAUGUGGGUUGGCAGCAGAUUUGUGCAGGCAGAUCAUGCACUUGUCCACCCAAAUGGACACCUUACUGAGCAUUCACAGGGAUUUCUUUACCAAUGUGAUGAACAUUGCCUGGGCAUAUCUGAUGCUGUAUGAGGGGAAAAUGUGGGUUUAUGGCAAAAUGCAAAAAGUCCAUCUGGGAUCGGAAUGAAAUUAGAAUCUGCUGUGUAUAUCUAUCUGCUAUGUGUAACAGCACAUGAGAGGUCCUGUUUCUUGACAAACUCCUCAGCUGUCAAUAUGGGAUGAAUACCACUUGUUCACACGCUAAUUCACAAUGGGUAGCUGCGGAGGGAGGGCAAAGGGAAGGGAGAUUCACCCUCCCCAUCU